ACUACUAUAAUAUAUAUAAAUCCUCCAUUUGCAUUUUCUUCAUACCCACCCUCCCACCAUUUUCUUCCUUAAUUACUCCAAUUAUUGUUCUUUCUUCACAAAUACUCCUUAAUUUUCUCUGAUUUUCAUUAUUCUUUCUCAUUAUCCUCUGUUUUCUUGGGUUUUCAUUCCAAAGUUUGCUGCUUUAAUGGCUCAGUCUAAAGUACCAAAAUUUGGUGCAUGGGAAGGUGGAGAAAACUACACAGUUUUCUUUGACAAUGCUCGAAAGAAGAAGAAUAAUGGUCAGAUAAUUAACCCGAAUGACCCUCAAGACAAUCCUGAUAUGUUUCCACAAAACGGAGGCCCAGCUUCUGCUCCUAAAGCAGAACCUAAAGGACAGCAAACUAAGGGCCCUGAAUUUGGUGCCUGGGAAAAUGGAGAAAAUGUUUCCUACACCGAGUAUUUUGAAACUAAACGAAAAUCCAAGAAUGGUGAGCCUACAGCAUCAGUUAAUGAGCCCCAGAUGAACCGAGACAUGCAUCCUCGUAAGGAUCCUCCUGCACAGGCUCGUCCUGCACCAUCUAAAUCAGAACCAAAACAAGAAUCAAGGGCAAAGGUGCCAGCGUUUGGUGCUUGGGAAGGUGGAGGUGAAGGUGGUUAUACCCAGAGCUUUGAAAACGUUAGGAAGAACAAUAGGAAUGGGCGUACUGUCACACCAGAACCUUCUUCUGAUGCACCUCGUGGUGUAAGUGAACCUCCAGCUAAAGAGGUCCGUUCUAAAGUGCCUCAUUUUGGUGAUUGGAAUGAGGGAGAAAAUGGUGCAUAUACCGCUUACUUUGAAAAUGCUCGGAAAAAUAAGACUGCAGGGCCUGUGCCAGACCCUGUGGAGCCCCAGCUCAACCGGGAUGUCAACAAUAGAGCUCGGCCUACUUCUGCUGCUGGGACUAAAAUUAAGGCAGAUGAUCAUCAGUUCAGAAAUGCAAGUCGAGGGUCCAAUUCUUCUAUGAAUGAAACUCCUCAGAGAAUUGGAAAACAAAAUCCUGGGGGUCAUUCACCUAUUCAUCAGAAAGGAGGCAGGCUUCAGCAAAAACCUCCAGCUGGCCGAGGAAAUCAAACUCCAGAUAGAGGGACAGCAAUUCCAGCAUGGGGUGUCUGGAACACUGAUCCUCAGCAAGCUGAGGGUUUUACGGGUGCUUUCACAAGGGCUAAAGAGGAGAGGAACACACCUCUCAACUCGAACAUUCCACAACGCCAUAACCAGCAACAUCAGAGAUCACCAGAGAGAAAGAAGGGAGGUUUGUUUAGUUGUUGUUUUUGAUAAAGAACGCUGUCUAGUUGUUAAUCCAAUUAUACGAUGAAGGCCUAAAGGCUUGGAUAGUCUUGGGUGGUAAUGACUCUUAUGAGCUACAAUUUGGCUUCUUCAUAUGUCAAAGAUCCAAAAAAGAGAGUUUUGAAGAACAGGAAUGAUUUUCUGACAAUGGGUGUUUAUACGUGUGCUUUUCUUUUUCUUUUUGGGAGGGGUAGGGGAUUCAAUGGUGUAAUUGAUAACUCUAGUCUAUGCUUUCGGGUUUGGGUUCAUUAGUUAUUCUUUUGAAGGAUCCCAUAUGAUUAAUAUUCUUUGAAGUUGUCGGUAUAUGUUUUGAAGUAGACUUUGAGCUUCCAUUUGUUAGUUGUAACAAUCUUAUUAUGCAUAAAUUUGAAGCAAACUUCUUGAGGCUCUUUCAUGGUCUAUGACUUUCAGACCUAUCCACUGAA